AUGUACUAUGAUUCAUUGGAGCAAGAAGUUGUUGAUUUGCACUAUCUUACACGUGAAAACGCAAGACGUCUCGUUAUAAACUCUGUUAAAAAAUCUCAUUCUAGAAAAAUACUCUGCGUAAAAUUUAUAACAGGACGAGGAAAUCAUAUAAACUCAACUGGAGAACGAGGGGUUCUUUAUGAAAAAUUUCCAUCGUGGAUGAGAGACUCUGAAAUUAAAUAUUUGGUCCAAGAUUAUGAAAUAUAUGAUGGAUAUUAUUUAGUUUAUCUUAAUUCUUCGAAUAAAGGAGCGUGUGCUAAUAAAUCAUGUGCAUUAUUAUCAUUUUUAGUUUUAUUAUUAUUAGUAGUAUUAGUAGUAAUUUUUAUUUUAUACAUAUCAGAUAUUAGUUAUAACUUAUUAUCAAGUUCAUUGGGCGAUUAUUUGGAUUAUUAUAAAAUAACGUAUUCAAACACUAACAAUUAA